GGGUUUGAUCUGUAAGUUAGCUAUGCCCUGACUUAGAUCAGCCCAGGAGUUGUUUCAGGGCUCAAUUUUUGAGUUAGCCAUGCUCUGAUUUAUAUCAACCUAGAGGGGUGUUUCAGGAUUUGAUCGCGGAUGCUCAGAACUCGACAAAGGUUGAAAUUUUUGCUUAUCAUUGGAUUUUGUACCCUGCCAAACGACAUGCUAGUCAACUUGACCAAUAGCAGACGCUCUGGUUCUCCAAUCUAUUGAUAUAGUGUUGACGACUACACGAGAGAAAACGGAAAAGCGCUCGGCAGCUGUCAUGCUUAGCAGGUGAAAAAAGUCUCCAGAAGAGGAACAAGUUAAAAACCUACUACAAAAGAACAGAGAUUAUUUAACCAGUCGAGCAGACACAAUGGCUACCUAUUUUGGUUCCAUACUAUGCAAGAUUUUUGCGCUUUGCUUUGCGUUGAGAUUCGUUUCCUCUUGUAGAGAAGUGUUUCUCACAGUUCCGUUAGUGGAUGUUAGAGACUGCUUGUCAAAUUGCGAGAGAGAUUCACGAUGUUCGACAUAUUAUUUCAAGGGUUCAGCUUCUGGAAGAAGCACAUGCGUUUUAAGUGAGUUCGGUUUACAAACCAAACAUGGCGGUUAUCAAGGACUGGCAAGAGUAUUGACCAGACUACGAGAUGAUGGGCCCUGGGAUGAACAGAUAGCACAACAAAUACGACCUGCUUUGAAGGUAGAUGAAGAAUACCGUGGUAGUGAUGGCAAUGAUGAUGAUUUAUUUCUUUCAUUUUGUGUCAGCUAGG